UAGUGGAAAUAACCGACACACCGAACAUGAGUGUUACUUUUUUCUGGUGCCAUUUAGCGAACACCAGAGACAUACCUGUACGCCCCACACGGGGAGGGGUUUUGAAUGUUUUGUGUGACUGUCAAGUCGACUCUAAUUUGAAAUCGAGAAAAUAAGACGUCGGACUGAAGAUCAAACCUAUAGCUUACCGACUCCGGUCUGUUUUGCGGUCUAGUCCUAUUAUAUAUUUUUAUUGAGAAGCAAUCAGUCAAGGAAUAUUAAGUCUGUUCUGGUGUGGUGUGGUGCUGGGGAUUUUAUAUCCAAGUCGUCUUUUUAGAAGAAUGGCGAGAGACGCUAAACAUUGCCCUGUAUCACCAAUGAAAAACAGUUUGCUGGUGACAGCAGGGAUACUUCUGAUUAUUCAAGCUGCUUCGUGUCAGCGGGUGAGGGUGGAUCCAGAGGUGGAGGCGUACCCUACCGAGUCGGUCGACCUGCGCUGUCAGUUUGUCGAUGAAGGAAACACCAAGCUCACACAGGUGUCGUGGAUAUGGGAGCCCACGGAAGGCCAGAGGGACAACAUUGCCGUCUUUCACCCCAUAUACGGCGAAAGCUUCCCCGACUCGCCCUUCAACGGGCGUGUCCGCUUCAUCCAAGGCACCUUGACAAACCCCUCCAUUACCAUCACCAGCCUCAAGAUGGCUGACGCCGGGCGUUACACCUGCGAGUACGCCACUUACCCCAGCGGCAAUGAGCAAGGCACCACCAAUCUGGUCAUACUUGCGAAACCCAAGAAUUCUGCAUCUCCCGUUAUCGUCCAGGCCAGCACAAGCGGCAAACCAGUGGUCGUGGCCCAGUGUGAGGCGGCCGACGGCAAGCCAGCAGCCACCAUCAAGUGGAUGGGAGAAGUCGGUGGCACCGAUAACACCACCUCCAAAAAAGGUCUGGACGGCACGGUGACGGUGAGGAGCGUGUACCUACUGGUGCCCACGCCCGAGGACAACGGCAAGGAGGUCACCUGCAUGAUCAGCCAGCGCACUCAGGACAAGCCGCAGACCUUCCCCAUGAAGCUGUCCGUCGAGUAUCCCCCGACUGUGUCCAUAGUGGGCUAUGAUAACAACUGGUACAUUGGCCGGACCGACGCUGUCCUGACCUGCCAGGCCACUGGCAACCCUGUCCCCACCAACGUCACUUGGACAGCCAUGUCCGGUCGGAUGCCUGACACGGUACAGAUCGCCGACAACAAGCUGAUCGUGCGGAAGGUGGACGAGGCAGUGAACACCACCUUUGUCUGCGAGGUGAAGAACCGGCUGGGAGUGAGCAAGCACCAGGUCACCACGGCGGUCAUCGAGGCCAUAGUGGACCCGUCCAACGCAGGCAUGGUGGCGGGGGCUAUCAUCGGCAGCCUGCUGGCCCUGCUGCUGGUCAGCUCGCUGAUUGCUGUCCUGGUGACCCGCAGUCGCCGGCAACGGCGCGGUUACCCCGGCAAUGGAGAGCCUGGCGCCUACGGGAACAAAGCCCGCCUCUUCGGCGGAGCUGGCAACAAGAACGAAGGCACGGGGGCCAACAUCAACGGGCCCAUCUAUACGUACCGCGAGAGCGACCCCGGAGCGCUGGCGGAGAAUGUCAACGACUUCCACGGCCCGCCAGGCUCCACUCCCACCGCCCACGACAUCCUGCUGAGCAGCGAGAUGGACGAGGCGGAGCGCAGGAAAUUUGACGCCCUCGGCGACAGCCUGGAGGAGGAAGAGGAGCGCUACGACAGCUUUAGCGUGGGCAUGGUUCCAGCCUAUCACAUCCACCGGCACAACGAGGAGAUGGGAGGGGUCAGCAUGUACCUCGACGACGACAUGGAGUCACAGCGGGAUGGGUCGGUCAUCUCCCGGACUGCCAUCUACGUCUAGAGAGGGGCGGUCAACCAACAGGGUCCAGGAGGGAGAGCUGAGGACAGGGUGGAGAGUCCACCAACAACCACCUCUCUGGAACGAUACCACCAACAACCACCCCUCCCCCUGCAUACUAAAUAGACAUGCUACGCUUAUGGUAAUUUUACCCCAAAAAAUCACUACAGAAACAAAACAAGACGUUGAAACUGAACUGUAACUGAGGAACAAGCAGAAUGAUAACUAGAGUGCGCUGGUCAAUGACUAGACAUCUCGAUAAGUCAGUCAGUCCACCAAAAUAAAUUGUAACAAUGUAACUCAUCUUCAAUGCUGCUUACUGCUCCAUUUCAGCUUAGCAAGUGAAACGUGAAGAAUUACCAUGUGACUGCGUUAGUAGCCAACUAAUCCACAGGACUGCAAACACUAAGACUUUUUCUCGGUAAGGAAACGUACCGUUCAAUGUCGCCUUCAUGGUAAAACUUUUAGACGCGCUCAUAGAUGGUCGCACUCGUUCCAUAACCACGGCUACUGCUUGAAGACGUCCUCCAGCGGACCGCGGUGUGGAGGACAAGGAACAAAGCUGUAACUUGUUGUCUUAAUGUGCAUCAUCACAGGCGUUCCAUAGCACAGUGUUACGUAAAUGGUCUUUGUAUUGUCAAGAUGUUUGGGCCUUCAGGCCUUGUUGAACCACAGUUGGUGUUAAUGACUCAGGCAGUUUCCAUCUUCCAUUUCCUUCUUUCUUUCUUUUUUCUUCAUUAUUUUCUUUUACAUAUGGGAGGCCAGCGACGUGGUAGACCGAGCUGGAGCUGGGGUUUGGAUGAGAGAAAUGGUGCGACCAGAUCGGUUUGUUUUUCCAACUGUCUGUUGGCUGUUCAUGUUGGUGGAACAUCACUGCUAAGCGAAGGGCAGCGGGUCAGCUGGCACCAUCCCAGGGUAUUGGGCCCCGUGCCAGGCUGUACUAGCCUUCCACGCUGAGGGACCAACCAGCUCCUGUAAUGAUCAGCGCCACGUCUAGUCUGCCUAGCGAUAGUACAAGAGAGACCGACAGAUCGACAUGCACACCCAGCUCUAACUGAACCUCCUGCUCUGCCUGUCAGUUUGACCAAUUAAAAAAAGGAAGCGGACUCCAUUUCCCCGGCAAGUCAAUAAAUGCACCGUCUAUUUAAUAGUAAAGAAAUGUUUCGCCGCUGAUGCUCGAGGGACCGGAGGCGGAAUAUUUCCCUUUUUUUUACCAGAACAAGCUGUUCCUAGCCCACAUGUUUAAUUCAGGAGUAGAAGAAGCAUAAAAGUGUUGCGCAUUAUCUCAUGUAGAGGUAUAGAGCGAGAGAGGCUGAUUUCCGGCUGGUAUUGAGCGCUUUUGCGAUUUUAAUUUUAAUUUUUUUAAUGCAGUUAAGCCCAAGCAUUAAUAAGACAAGCCGCACAUACGGCUGAAAUUGCGAAGUUUUGCUCCCGAACACAGUAGGAGUUAUGAAGUGUUAUGAGGUCGACCGUCUGCCUUGUUGUCGACCGUCAACGAUCGAUCAUCUACUUCAAAAUACAGUAUUAUUAUUAUUUUAGCAGGGCGAAAUGCUUAGUUGAGUUUUUUGCUGUAUGUUAAUGGAAAAAUCUCUGCCGGGCCUUCUAAGGGGGCAGUAACACACAAAAUACGCCUGUGACUGUGUGUGGGGAUAUUUCUGACCAUAUGCGAGGCCCAUUAGUUCUAAGCCUGGCCGGCAUAUGUGUUUUCGAGUUCUGAGUUGACCGAAAUUGACUCGCUGCCAGACUUGGAACGAGGUUAAGGGGCUAACCCCACCCGCAGUAUGUUCCACUGUCGGAUUGGCGCGGUUCACUUUUUAAAGUAGCGGCCGAGUGUGUGUGCUGACUAGUGUGUGUGUAUUGUGCAAGGGUGUGUGUAGCGUGAUUGUACAGAUUCGAGUUGUGUAUAUCCCACAUGCUGAUUCACCGUGCAAUAGCCCAAUGUUAUGCAGGAGUUGUUUUGCAUAAUGUCAUACAUAUGGAUGGCUAAGCCUAUCUCUGAGUCAUUCAUCUGUCAUUUCAUGCACAGUAACCUCACUGAUGAAGGGGUUGGGGGACGGUGAUAGGAAACUGCUUAGCACGGGGACCCGCAUGGACAUGAAUAUUACACUGGCGGAGCCGGAAUGAAGCCGGACUGGCUCAAAGGGCCUUUGGAGUGGUCUCCUGUGCCACCCCGGCCAGAUGGAAACUUGAUUGGGUACUAGUGUCCGGGCCGUUGCUCUGUAAAUAUUGUGACCCACUCCCGCUCCUUUGCUUUUUCUUAUCACAGAUAGAGGUCGACUGAUUAUGAUUUUUCAACGGCGAUACCGAUUUAUUGGAGGACCAGAAAAUAGCCAAUCCUGAUUUAAUCUGCAGUUUUUUAAAAAUGUAAUGUAUUUUUUUAUUUUUGUAAAUAAUUUUUAUUAUUUUUUAAAUAUAUAUAUAUUA